UCAUUAUCACAUAGCUCAAACACUUUGAUCACAUCAAACAUUCUUAUACAUUAAUUUUUAUAUAUCCUUUUUGGUUGAAUAACAUUAUGGGUGUCACUACCUAUACACAUGAGACUACAACACCAGUUGCCCCUACUAGGUUAUUCAAAGCUUUGGUUCUUGAUUCUGACAACCUUGCACUUAAAUUGAUGCCACAAAUUGUUAACAACAUUGAGAUUGUUGAAGGUGAUGGUGGUGUUGGUAGCAUCAAGAAAAUGAACUUUGUUGAAGGUCAUCCAAUCAAAUACUUGAAGCACAAGAUCCAUGUUGUUGAUGACAAGAAUUUGGUGACCAAAUAUUCAAUGAUUGAAGGAGAUGUUCUUGGAGACAAACUAGAAUCUAUUUUCUAUGAUGUCAAAUUUGAAGCUGCUGGAAAUGGAGGAUGUGUUUGCAAAUCCAUAACUGAAUACCACACAAAGGGUGAUUAUGUGUUGAAGGAAGAAGAACACAAUGAAGGCAAAAAUCAAGGCAUGAAACUUUUCAAGAUUGUUGAAGCAUACCUCCUCGCCAAUCCUACUGUCUACGCUUAAGUUAUGAAAAAUGAAUCAGGUCCACACGUGAGAUAUAACGUGUUGUGACGUUGUGUAAUAGUUAAAUAAUAAAGUAUGCUCUCGUUAAAAAACCUAAUCAUACAGUUAUGAAGUGUGAUCAAGCCCUUUUAUAGUGUUUUUGUUGAUUGUGUGUUCUUUUCCAAGGUUGUUAUGGGAAGAACUUUAAUAAUUUACUAAGCUUUAAUUUGACUUAUCAAAAAUACUUGUAUCAAA